AUGACUAGAGCAAGAUGUUUCGCGACCAUUCCAGGCCCCAGGCCACUUCCUUUACUAGGGAACUCCUGGCGAUUUGCUAUCGGACAAAAGCCUUGGCGGACUCGUAAUUUAGAUAUUACGUUAUGGAAUUUAAGGGCAUUAGCCGGCCCAGGCGGUACUGCCAAAGUUGCAAAACUUUUUGGCCAUCCUGAUUUAGUAUUCCCAUUUUGUGCGGAGGAGACCGCGAAAAUAUAUAGGCGAGAAGAUUCUAUGCCACACAGAGCAGUCGCGCCAUGCCUUAAACAUUACAAGCAAGAAUUGCGAAGAGAAUUCUUUGGCGAUGAACCUGGAUUAAUAGGCGUGCACGGUUUACAAUGGUCAAAGUUUCGAUCGAAAGUGUCAAAAGCUCUCGUAGCACCAGAAGCAGCGAGGGCUGCUGUACCGUCACUUGACGGCGUUGCGAAAGACUUUCUUGACAGGAUGGAAAGCCUUCUAGACGAGAACAGGGAACUGCCAAGAGACUUUCUUAUGGAAUUAUACAAAUGGGCUCUGGAAUCCGUGGGCGCCUGGGCUUUAGGAACAAGACUCGGCUGUUUGAAGAACAACGAAGCGAAUGCCAAAGAGAUAAUUAAAAGUAUCCAUGGAUUCUUUCACAAUGUUCCAGAACUAGAACUAUCCGCACCUUUGUGGAGACUUUAUUCAACGCCAGCUUACAAAAAUUACAUUAACGCACUGGAUUCCUUUCGAAGUCUCUGCCUGAAGAGACUUACUGGCAAAGGUGUGUGUGCUGAAAUCGCCAAGAAAUGUGGAGACAAAGUUGCAACUAUAUUAGCUUUAGAUCUAUUACUAGUAGGUGUUGAUACAACAGCAGCGGCAGCUGCUAGCACUAUGUACUUGUUAGCUCAAAAUAUUAGAGCUCAAAUCAAGCUCCAAAAGGAAUUGGACCAAAAUCUUCCAAAGAGCAGAGCACUUGACAGCAAAGUUCUGGAUCAGUUGCCAUAUUUGCGAGCAUGUAUCAAAGAAGCUCUGCGAAUGAAACCAGUGAUUUUGGGAAAUGGACGCUCCAUACAAUCAGAUGCGAUUAUAUCUGGAUAUCAAGUACCUAAAGGGUCGCACAUCGUAUUUCCACAUUACAUAAUGUCAAAUGAGGAGAGAUACUUUCCUUUGCCAGACGAAUAUGUACCAGAACGUUGGAUGAGGGACAACAGCAACGAUACCGGAAAGGAGUUUGCCAAAGGUUGUGGUCACUCUGUGCAAAUACAGGGGAAAUCAAACGGAUCGAUCUGCGAGCAUGCAAAGGCAUUCUCUGCGUGGAGCAAGCAAAAGGAAAUUGGAAUCCAUCCAUUUGCAUCUCUUCCAUUCGGAUUCGGACGGCGAAUGUGCAUAGGGAAGCGGUUCGCUGAAGCGGAGUUGCAGCUAUUGUUAGCAAAGAUAUUUUACAAAUACAAAGUGUCUUGGAAAUAUGGAGAGCUAACCUACAGCGUAACACCGACUUAUGUGCCUAAUGAGCCAUUGAAAUUUACGCUACAUCCAAGGAAACCAACGGAAUAACAUACAUUUAUUUUAGGAUACGUGAUAAUAUUUAAGUUUUGAAACUAUCGUGAUAGUUUAUUGUUACCCCGGAAAUAUUUUGUAUUUACACAGGCGUGGUUACAUCACGAGAACGAGCUCAUGAUUAAGGACUUCAAAUGGGUCAA